UCAAUCAGUCACACUUUGUAAUCCAGUCUCAAAGGUCUGAUUUUUGUUUCCAAAAAAAUGGAGGAGAAGAAGAAGAUCCAUGCCAUAAUGAUCCCAUAUCCUCUCCAAGGUCAUGUUAUCCCCUUUGUAAACCUAGCCAUAAAACUAGCCUCCACUUACUCCUUCACCAUCACUUUCGUCAACACCCAAUCCGUCCACCGCCAGAUUUCCAACAGCUCCGGCUCUGAUUCCGACAUCUUUGCUGAAGCCAGGGGAUCCGGGCUUGAUAUCCGUUACAGGACUGUUAGCGACGGUUUUCCUGUGGGAUUUGACAGAUCUCUGAAUCACGACCAGUUCAUGGAGGGAGUUCUGCAUGUUUUUUCAGCCCAUGUUGAUGAGGUGGUAGGAGAAAUUGUGGGUUCUUCGGAGAAGGUGGAUUGCUUGAUAGCUGAUACCUUCUUCGUGUGGGCUUCCAUGGUAGCAGAGAAAUAUGAACUUGUCAAUGUUUCUUUCUGGACGGAGCCGGCUUUGGUUCUUACAUUGUAUUAUCACUUGGAGUUGUUGAAGAAAAAUGGUCACUUUGCAUCAUCCGUCGAUAAUCUUCGUGAUGAUACAAUUGAUUACAUUCCCGGAGUUCAAGCCAUUGAUCCAACUGAUCUCAUGUCUUACUUAAAAUCAACUGAUAUAUGGUCGGUUGUUCAUAGAAUCAUCUAUAAAGCCUUCACCGACGUAAAGAAAGCGAAUUUUAUCAUUUGCAACACGAUUCAGGAGUUGGAACCAAAUACGAUAUCCACCCUCCAUACAAAACAACCCACUUAUGCCAUUGGACCAAUUUUCCCUCACGGGUUCACCAAGGGUCCAGUGGCUACAAACAUGUGGGCAGAGUCAGAUUGCACCCAAUGGCUUAAUUCCAAAAGCCAAGGCUCCAUUUUGUACAUAUCUUUUGGUAGUUAUGCUCACACCUCUAGGCAUGACAUUAUGGAGAUUGCCCAUGGUCUUUUGCUUAGUGGAGUGAACUUCAUUUGGGUUCUUAGACCGGAUAUUGUGAGUUCAAAUGACACUGAUUACUUGCCUGAAAACUUCGAGGAAAAUGUUAGAGGUCGUGGAUUAAUUGUGCCAUGGUGCAACCAAAUUGAUGUGAUUUCCAAUCCAUCUAUUGGUGGUUUCUUGACGCAUUGUGGAUGGAAUUCGAUAUUGGAGAGUAUUUGGUGUGUUGUUCCCUUGAUUUGUUAUCCAUUGUUGACCGAUCAAUUUACAAAUAGGAAAUUAGUCGUGGAUGAUUGGAAAAUCGGAAUAAACUUGUGUGACAAUGGUUUGGUUACGAGAAAAGAAGUAGCCGAUAAAAUCGAUGCUCUCAUGAAUGGAAAAGCAUCCGAGGAGUUAAGGAAUGAAAUCAAGAAAACUAAAAUAAUUUUGGAGGAUGCUUUAGCUACUAAUGGUUCUUCAGAAAGAAACAUGAGAGAUUUUAUUGAAGACUUGAAUGUGAAGGUAGAACAUAUUCAACACAAAUAAUGAAAUUUAGAGAAUUGCUAUUUUUCAAUGUAUUUGCUUUCAUAUUUAGUUGUUGAAUGAAUAUUUUUUUUUAGUACUGUAUAAUAUUCAUUGGAUUUUAGUUUU